AUAGUUGUUAAGAAAUAAGUGGUAACCCUAAAAUAUAUAAAUAGCUGCGAGUGCAAAAAAACUGAAUUUAUGGGAAUAAAAUAGAUAAGUAAUAGCUAAAUUGUGUAGAAAUCCGUGCUUGCCAGCACCGAAAAUACGCACAAUGUCCAAGUCAAGCGCAGCACGCUGGGUAAAAUUCUUCAAUGCGGCGGGUAUCCCAUCUCCUGCGGCCGCCGGCUAUGCCCACGUCUUCGUGGAGAACCGCAUCCAGGACGACAUGCUGUUGGAUCUUAACAAGGAGUAUCUCCGGGAAAUGGGCAUCACCUUGAUGGGUGAUAUAAUUGCCAUCCUGCGGCACUCAAAGACCGUCUGCGAACAGAAUGCCCGAGAUCAGGUUCUCACCACGGAUGUGGUUCAACCAGUUGCCCGUCCGGUAUCGCCAAAGCCCAAAACGCCGGUUGCAACUCCGAAAGCAAAGGUAUCUCCGCCUGCGAAACCGGCAAGGCGAGUGCUUCCGGAGCACGAGGGCAAGUACAAGGUGACACUGCCAUCGGGAACCACCGAGCGCAGCAAACAGAUCUUGGCCAAGCGGGAGAAGCUUUACUCCGAUCGCGUGAGCAGCUCCAAAAAGUCGGACUUAUUUUCGCGCCUGCAUGCCGACGACGAGGCCCAGGAGGGCAUUGUCUCCAGUUCCGGCGAGAGCAGCGUCCGCGUGCACAUCACCGGCGUAUCAAAGACAGCGGCCACCUCCAGCAAUAAUUCGGUCUUUGCCCGACUCGGUGGCAAGCAGGGCGCUCUUUCGGCGGAUUUCACUACGACCAGGGAAAUUAAAUCGAUACUUAAAAACACACAUCGUUCGGUAGGAGGAGGCGGAGGAGGUGUUACCAAGAACUCGCCCAUUGUGAAGGCCAAGAAGGUGGCCGCUGUGCCGCAGCAAAAGGUUAUGCUUGUUCACAAGGUGCCUCUUAAAAAAGGCGACGAUGACGACGACAGCAUGGACGAUCUCGGCAGCGACGAGGAGGACUACAUCUCUAGCGGUGAAGGGGAAGACUUCGAUAUGGGAGCCGGUGAAAAGAUUGUUAAGUUCGCCUCCACUGCGGAGGUUCGGGAAAUCGCUCCCGAAGCGGCCUACAAAAAUAGGCACGGCAAAAACUUUGCGAAUAACAUCAAAUCGAGGCUCGGAAUUGUAUCCAAACUUCAUGCCACCAAGAAGACCUACAACCUAAAGGCAUCGCCUGCAAAGAAGCCACAGGCUCGUCUCAGCCCUGUUAAGGGCAAGACCAUACGGAUGCGUAGCGACGAGCUGUUUACCCGACAGGACACGAUGCCCGUUCACAAAAGGCUGGGAAAUAACUCGACCUCCGCUCCUCUUAGAGCUCCACCAGCCCCUCCACAUCGACAGCAGCGUCCUGAGCCACAGAAGAAGAAAUAUGUUCCGCCUAGGCGCCAUAACAGCAUGAAUGCUGGUCAUAGCAAGCAGCGAGAUAAAUCUGGCUCUGUAUUUGACCGCCUGGGCUUCAAUAACUCAAUGUAAAAUAUAAGUAAUGUGUCCCUCAUAAAUUGUUUUAAGUUCAACGCCCCUAAUUAACUUUGCCAGUAAAUGUUUGAAUUCAAAUAGAAA